AUGAGUAGAAAUUUAAUGAGAUCACUAUAUAAUAAUAAACCACUUAAUAAUGAUUCUAAAAAUGUUAUUCACAAUGAAAGUAGUGUGGAUUCUGAUAUAGCUGAAAUUCGGAUAAUAAAUAACAGCUCACCAUCAAAAGAAAGUCAUUCAAAUAUAAAAGAUAACUCACUUUUAGGUAACGGAAAAUCAUCUAAAAAUGAAACUACCCCACGUUUAAAUUUUUCUAAAGGAAAAAAAAGAAAAAAUGAAAUUGAAAACGAUAUUGAAAAUUCACUUUUAAAAAAGGCAAAUACUAAUGGAAUGGAUAACAAUGGAACAUUUAUGAUAAUUGAACCAACAACAUCUUUUGAUGAUAUGGGUGGUGUAGAUCAACAAAAAUAUGAAGCAUUAGAAAUGUGUUUAUAUUUAAAACAAGGACUUAUUUUUAAAAGUAUUGGAAUGUCUCCACCAAAAGGUUUAAUUUUACAUGGUCCUAGAGGUACCGGAAAAACAAUGUUUGCUGAGGCAUUAGCUGGAUUAUUGAAAGUUCCCUUAAUAAAAGUAAGUUGUACUAAAAUUUUUGGUGGAAUAACAGGUAAAAGUGAAGAAAAUUUAAGAAAUGUUUUUAAAGCUGCAGAAAAUGUUCGUUCAUGUGUACUACUACUUGACCAAGUAGAGGUUAUUGCUAGUUCUUAUAGUAAAGAUAAACAAUCACAGAAUCGUUUAGUGUCACAAUUAAUGCAAUGUAUGGAUGACAUUGGAAAGUCAACCGAAAUUAAUUUUGAUAAAAAUGAUAUGGAGGUAGAUGAUAGUAAAAAUAUGGAUUUAAGUGGAGUUAUUGUAGUUGGUACAACUCAUAAAAUAGAAGAUAUAGAUGAAGGUUUAAGAAGAGCAGGAAGAUUUGAUAAAGAAUUAUUUUUUGGUAUACCUAAUGAAAAUGGAAGAGGUGAAAUAUUAAAAAAAUUAACAAGAAAUAUUAAAAUAGCAGAUGCUGAAAAAAUUUUACCUAUUAUUUCAAAAGAAAUUCCUGGAUAUGUUGGUGCUGAUAUCCAAUCACUUGUUCGAGAGGCAUCUAUGAUAUCUAUUCGGCGUGUUUUAAAAACAAACUUUAAUAUUGGUAGAGAUGAUGAAACAUUACUAAUGAAAACACAACAUGUAUUAGAAAUGAUGAAUUAUACAUUAAGUGAAGAGCAAGUGUCAAAUUUUAUUAUUGAAAAAAUUGAUUUUGAUGAGGCAAGAAAAAUAAUUCAACCUAGUGCUAUACGUGAAGGAUUUGCAACAGUUCCUGAUGUAUCUUGGGAAGAUAUUGGUGCUUUAGCCAAAGUACGUGAUGAACUAAAUUGGGCUAUUUUAUAUCCAAUUACAAGGUCUGAAAUUUUUACAUCUUUAAAUAUAGUACCAAAAGCUUCUGGAAUACUUUUGUAUGGUCCACCAGGAUGUGGAAAGACACUAGUUGCAAAAGCAGUAGCAAAUCAAUCAAAAUUAAAUUUUAUAAGUGUUAAAGGACCAGAAUUAAUAAAUAUGUAUGUUGGUGAAAGUGAAAGAGCUGUAAGAACAGUUUUUCAAAGAGCCCGAAAUUCUGCUCCAUGUGUCAUUUUUUUCGAUGAAAUUGAUGCAUUAGCUCCAGUUAGAUCUUCCAAAUCUCAGUCUAGUGAAACAAGAUUAGUAAAUCAACUACUUACUGAAAUGGAUGGUAUAGAGGGUAGAAAUGAUGUUUAUUUAAUUGCUGCUACAAAUCGUUUAGAUAUUGUUGACCCAGCAAUUUUAAGACCAGGAAGAUUAGAUAGAAAAGUUUAUGUAGGUAUACCAUCAACAGAAGAAAAAAUAGAUAUUUUAACAAAAAUUUCAAAAUAUGGUGUUAAACCAAAAGUUGAUAAUUGGGAAGAAACUUUUAAAAAGGUAUGUGAAAUAGAAAAAGUUAAAAAUUUUAGUGGAGCUGAUAUUACACAACUUUUGUAUCAAGCUUCAAUGUUAGCAGUAAGAGAUUUACAAGAAGGAAAAUCAUUAUUUCACUCUAUAACUUUAGAACAUUUUGAAAGAGCAUUAACAAAAAUGAAAGCAUCAGUUUCGGAUCAUCAAAUGAAAUAUUACCUUUGUCAGGAGUUUAAACAUGCCUCUGAGUUAUGA